AUGAAUUCUCUCUCUCUCUCUCUCUCCCUCUCUCUCUAUCUCUCUCUUCCUUUCUAUAUUUUCUUUCAUCUUUCUAUGUUUUUUAUACUCUUUCUCUAUUUCUAUAAUUUCUCUAUUUUCUAUAUUCCUUUUUGGAUUAUUUUUAUUCCUAUCUACAUUUUCUAUAUUCCUUUCUAUAUUUUUCUAUUCCUUUCUAUAUUUUCUCUACUCCGUUCUAUAUUUCUUCUAUACUUUCUAUAUUUUUUCCAUUCUUUUUUGUAUUUUUCUUCCUUUCUAUAUUUUCUCUACUCUUUCUAUAUUUCUCUUUACUCCUUUCUAUAUUUUUCUUUACUCCUUUCUAUAUUUUUCUUUACUCCUUUCUAUAUUUUCUCUCGUCUUAUUAUAAUUUAUCUAUUCCUUUCUAUGUUUUCUCCUCUUUUCUAUAUUUUUCUUCCUUUCUAUAUUUUCUCUACUGCUUUCUAUAUUAUCUUUACUCUUUCUAUAUUUUCUUUAAUCCUUUGUAUAUUUUCUCUUUUACUUUCUAUAUUUUCUCAACUCCUUUCUAUAUUUUGUGUACUCCUUUCUAUAUGUUCUACAUUCUUUCUAUAUUUUCUUCACGCUCCUCUAUAUUUAUCCCAAUUCUUUUUCUAUAUUAUUACUUUUAUAAUAUCUAUCUCUUGUCUGCUCCCCUAUCUAUCUAUCUAUCUAUCUAUCUAUCUAUCUAUCUAUCUAUCUAUCUAUCUUCUUUCUCACUCUCUCUCUCUAUCUAUCUAUCUCUCUCUCUCUAUAUAUAUAUAUAUAUAUUAA